AUGAAGACCAACAUACCGUUGGACUUGGACUCGCUGCUCAAGACAUGCAGCCAUAUAUGCAAUGACCUUCUCUUCCCCGGAUCAGUCGCCACCCCCACGCAGGGGCGGGCGUCCCCCCGCCCCCCACGGCCGUCACGGGCCUCGCGGACCGCGCGUCUUCAAAGAGAGUACCCACACAUUCUCCUGGUGGAACAAUUGUAUGCGUGCUACCCAGGCCAAGAGGGCACCGUCGAUCGUCUUGUACGCAACAACUGCAAUCGCAUUGUACGCAUCGAUAUGGACCAAGAGAAUUUCCCCUACACGGUCUUAGUCCUUGCCGAUACGUUCCGCGAGAUGGUCUAUAGGACAAAUCCCCCGCUAUUGCAAGACAUUGCCGAUAGAUACGUGAACAUGGUACUCUCCUAUGGAGAGACACUGGUGUCUAGGGAGACAUUAAGGGAACAUUCUCUUUGCAACGGUUCUCGAGGCAAUAUUUCCUCAAUGGAGAUGCAACUCGUCCAUGUCGGUCUUUUGGUCUUGUCCCGUGAAGAAGGGGUGUACAAUCUCACCUUGACGCAUUUGGGGGGGCUUCUCCGGGUCGUAGAUCGCGCUUUACGGUGGGUUCUCCGCCAAUUGGACGGCGCUGGCCGUGGCGGGACGGUCGCCGCGACGGUGCUACGAGAGAAAUGGUAUGGAGGUGUUUCCCUUGAAAGCGGCGGUUUAUUUAGAGGGGCAUCAACUAGUAAAGAAGGUGUCAUAUAUGACAAUAAAGUUAAAAAAGAAGUGAGUCUAUGUAUAUACAAGUUUCGUGGUAUGGGACUCGAGUAUGUACUCCUCCUUGCACUUGGUAGGGGGCUCUUAGAGAAGAGAGAAACCCCAACUGGGGUUUUCUAUAUGAGAAUCUGA